AUGAGUGGCAUUGACAGCGAAGAAUUCAGCGAGUUUGACGAAGGCGAUCGCCUCUCCAGCCUUCUGAGCCUCUGCCCGCGCUAUGUCAUUGUACCUGCGAACCCCCCAGAUGGCAUCGCUUUUGCCAUGACGGGACACGGCCAAGAGUGGGAACACUUGACCUAUCAGCACUCUGGCAUCUCAAACUGCAAACCCGGCAUCUGGAAGGCAGAAGUCAGGAACGUUCCUGGAAGCGAACUGGGAAAUGCUGACUUUGAGGCAUGCCUUCGGUGGGUGGCAGAUUUGGACGACAACACUCAGCUCGAUUUUGCCGUUUCCCUUGAUGCGUGGCAGGCCUGGGAGCAAAUGUUCAAAGAUCAGUUUGACGAUUCCGUCAACUGGGGCGAAGGCGUAACCUGGAAGCAUGGUGGCAGUUACUACGACGAUGGCGGCCUCUUCAAUGUCAUUUCCACGGCGUACCUCACAACGGACGCAGCAGCAACCAUCACAGGAGGGGAAUAUACCGAGGAUGAUGGAUAUGAGGGGUAUCUCGAGAUGGUCACCCUCAAUGACAACCCCAUCAAUGCGGAGGACCGUAUCAGGAACUACGGCUUUACUUUGGGUGGGCUCCAUUUUGGUCAAGAUAGUAUUGGCGGGCCGCCUGUGAUCGCUUUGGCUGAAAAGGACGGCCAAGUGGUCGGAAUCAAGCUUUGGUGCGACGAUGACGAGAUUGAAGAGGGCACUCCAUUUGACGAGCAGCCUGGCAAGCUUGUCUUUUAA